GUUUGGGACAGUAGGCAAGUAGGCCCUUCGUGCAUUGUGUAAACUGCAUUCUAAUUUUUAUAAUCACCUUCAUUUAUAGAAAUGUAAUAAACAUCAUGCAAAAUAUGAGACUCUGGAAGCGUGUCAGGAGAGUUCAUAGUGAUCUGCAGUUACUGGUAUUACAGCUAAAAGAAACUGAAAGUAAAAUUCUAUGCAUUGCUCAGUAUAAGCAGAAGCUAGUCGGUGGAACAUCUCUGUGUGUGGUGAUGAACAGGGAAAGAUAAAACAUGUCCGGCUUCCUGUUUCUGUUGCUUAUGCUGUCUGAUUUCCACAGAGUACUAGCAUUAUUUAUAGUGACAGCUCCCAAGUUGACUUACACAGCGAGAUAUGGGGACAGAGUACAAAUGACAUGCAAGUUUCCACUCUCAAAAAAGGAAGACAUAAAUGAACUGAAAGUCUCGUGGCAAUAUGUGAGCCCAAAGCAGUCAUUGCCAAGACAAGUAAUUAUGUUUAAGAAUGGAAAGGAAGAUUUGCUAACCCAGGAGAGCACAUAUAAAGGGAGAGCAACUUUGUUAUUAGAAGAACUGAACAAUGGACAGGCCAUUUUACAGAUCCAGGAUGUGAAACUGAGCGACGCAGGGACGUACCUCUGUGCAUUAGAACUUGGGGGGUCUGACUUCCAAAAUAUUAAACUUGACGUCACAGCAUCUUUCAUAAACAUUCAGGAUUCCGUUAACAUAUCACCUGAAGACAAUGACGUAUCUUUGACAUGUCAGUCAUUAGGCUUUCCUGAGGCAGAAGUAUAUUGGAAAAAAAAUGGUAAUAAUGUAAGUUCCCCAUCAUAUAAUACUUCCCACACUCGGACUGUGGAUGGCUUUUAUAACACAACCAGCACAAUCAGAGGCAUAGAUAUAACUCAAAGCUACAACUGUGUAUUCUGGAACAAAGCAACGAAUGAGAAAACAGAAGCUUCCUUUCAGCAGUCAGAUCUUGAAGAUGCCAUUCACAGAGCACGUGAAUCUACGUCAAACGUGAAUACAGCCUCGCAGAACAAUCUUGGUGGCAAUAUUCCAGAGACAAAAACAAUAAUUAUCGUUCUAUGUAUGGUUGUUUUCCUGAUCGUUGCAAUAACAUUAGUGGUUAGAUUAAGAAGACAUUGUUUCAAAUGCUUCAGGAAGAAAGGUGGCCAAUCUGCAAUACUUUAGAAGAUAAGCAGGGCCGCCAUCAGAAAUUGUGGGGACCAGAUAAGAUGAACAGACAUGGCCCCUCACCUCCUCCUGUGACCCAGUGGAUGCAGAGAUGCAGCAUGGAGCCCAGAGGAGGCAUAUGCUGGGAUGACCCCCCCACCCCCACCCCCAACACACACACUCACACACACACAACACUAUAAGUCCAUUACACUUCCUUAUAUUCCAUCAGACCGUCCCCCAGAAAAGGAACAAGUUACAAAAUAAGUUCAGAAUAUUAGAUACACUUAGAAAGUGUAAUUGUUGGGGGUUACUGAAGGUGAUAGCACAAUUAUAGAGGACAGAUAUUAAUUAUCAGGUUUAGGACCCGCUAAUUAAAAUUCCUUAUUGCCACUAUGUGCGGCAAUAAGAAAUUAAAUAUCGCCCAGCUUUAUCAGAAAGGAUAGCCAAGGACAUGGGUUGUGAAAGGAGCCCAUCCAUGCGAUGUGUUAGAUGUGAAGGGAUCAUUAAUGCAGAUGACUACUACUGGUACUUUUUGGCAGAGUGUGUCCUGUAGUAUACAACGGCUAAUGCCAUCCAUAGAUCAUCCUGCGGUUGAUCCCUAGAUACAUCUGGGGAAUUUUUAACAUUUGUGGAUAUUCCCUGAAAAUGGGUGUUUCUGGGGGAUAUCCCGCAUAUAUUACUUAAUAGUCCAAAUAAUUUAUUAAAUAGAAAAUCGUGCUUACCUCCAUCCUCAGUUAUGUGGCAUUGCAUACUGUCUUUCAGCCAUGGGGAGGGGAGACCAAGUCAUAGAUGGGGAGGGCAGCAGAGAUAGAGAAAAUGGGGAGGGGGCAGAGGAACACAUGGCAAGAGUGGGUCACAGGAACACAUGAAGUAGGGGACUAACUUGGGUAGUGGAUGUCAGAGGCACACUUGUUAAGGAAUGGGGGCAGAGGCAGACUUAGGAAACGUCUGUGUACCACUGUUACUGUACAGUAGGACAGGCUGUUCCAAGACAGGUGGAAGAGGAGAAGAAAGGAGGCAAGUUGGAGGUGGGGGAAUAGGAGGAGACAAAGGUCAUUAAAGUCUCUGUCGUCUAAUGAGAGGUGAACUCGGGGCAUGCAACUUUUAUGCCCCACCACCAUCAAAAUCCUGUUCUGCUACUGCAUCCUGCAGAUGAUCAUCACUGUCAGUGGCCAAUCAGACAGUGGGGGAGCCGCAGUGCAUACUGGGUUGCCUGGAACAUCAGUAUCCCUUGUACCCCAUGAUGGUGGCUCUGUUCAUAAGAAUUGCUGUAUGCACUUUAUAUUUAGAAAUUAAAAAGGAAUUCAUAUAUUGUAACCAUGCUAUUGUCAUAUAUAUUUCAAUAUUAUAUCUUAAAUAAACAUUCACCAAUGUUAUGCUUGAGCACAUAACCUAGUGACCCGAUGAGCAUAUACAGCCAUGGCCAGAAGUUUUGAGAAUGACACAAAUAAUAAUUUUCACAAAGUCUGCUGCAUCAGUUUUUAUGAUUGCAAUUUGCUUAUUGCAUAUACUCCAGAAUGUCAUGAAGAGUGAUCAGAUGGAUGACAAUUAAUUGCAAAGUCCCUCUUUGCCAUGACAAUUAACUUAAUCCCAAAAACAUUUCCACUGCAUUUCAGCCCUGUCACCAAAGGACCAGCUGACAUGUCAGUGAUUCGCUUGUUAACACAGGUGAGAGUGUUGAUGAGGACAAGGCUGGAGAUCAAUCUGUCAUGCUGAUUGAGUUAGAAUAACAGACUGGAAGCUUUAAAAGGAGGGUGGUGCUUGAAAUCAUUGUUCUUCCUCUGUUAACCAUGGUUACCUGCAGGGAAACGUGCAGUCAUCAUUGCUUUCCACAAAAAUGGCUCCACAGGCAAGGAUAUUGCUGCUAGUAAGAUUGUAGUACUAAAUAAAGGGAAAGGGAAGUGGGUGUCUUCUUCACUAGUCUAUAAUUGAAUAUUAUAAUAUUACAAUUGUAAAGUAGAAUCCACAGUUGUAUAAAUAAUGAAUUAAUAUUUCAAUUGAAAACUGGGGUUGCUGCCAUAGACAAUAAAGAUAGGAAACAGUAGCAUAUAGAAAAGGAUUGUCUCUUGGUUGGCGCACUGUAGAAAAAGAAUGAAUCUAAAAUAUAACUUUUACUUUAAUUGAUUAAAUUCCUUGCGAUGUGAAAAAAAUUUAGGACAAAAAAUCAUUUAAUAAAGAUAUCUAUAUCACUAAAAUUGGACUCACUGCUAGUCUUCUCUUAGACAUAAAUGGGAAUCCGACCUGGGGCCAAUUUCAGAUGAGAUCUGGGAGGGAGCUUUAUGCUCUCCACAAUUAUCUACCACUACUACUAGAUAUCAACAAAUUCAGUUGUUUAUUGUGCACAGAGUGUAUAUGACGCCGGUGCGAUUAGCCCGCAUAGGCGGUACCCACUCGGCCAGAUGCCCUAAGUGUGGCGGUUUGGGUGCUGAUUUCUGGCAUGUUAUUUGGCUUUGCCCUAAGAUGGCAAUAUUCUGGUCCGGUAUUAUUGAUGUCAUGGUGUCCACUGUAAUUCCUUCGGUUGUGUGUACCCCGACGGUGUGUGUGUUGUCGGCCUUGGAGGAUGACGCCCUAGAUGCUCCUAGCAAACAAUACCUGAUCAAUCUGUGCGCUCUAGCUAAGGUGUGUGUUGCUAGACUAUGGCUGGCUACGGAUGCUCCCACAGUACAGUCUUGGGUUUCGCUUGUUAAUACAACGGCCGCUCACGAGAAAUACGUAUACAUGGCUAGGAAGGCGGGGCAGAAGUAUUAUGACCUGUGGGGUAGAUGGCUCAGCUCUCCUAACUCAACGAACUGUAGUGGCUGACACUCUCCACUGUGUGUCUAAAAUGGACUGUUGGGGGGAUGGGCCAAGCUUCGUAGAAUGCAUGUGGAGCUGUGUGAGAGGGGUUUAUGCUAGCAAUGGGACUGUCCCUCUCGUAUGUCACCCCUGGGACCUGCGGCCGGCCACCCGUUUGCUCGUACUUGCUGUCAGUGCUCUAUAAUUAUAACUAUAAUUAGCGAGUUGGCUGUUUGGAAGUAUUUGAGCGUGAUAUCUGAUUAAGUUGGUUGUCAUGUCAUUUCUCCUGAUUUACGAAAGGUAUACUUGAGAGAUAAGCCUGCACGUUCUCUUUGUUAUGACUGUAAUGCAGUAACGUUGUAAACUGGGAAUCUGCGUAUUCUCAUGUUUAGCAUAUUGUCUUCUGUUUUUUGGGGUUUGUUUUUUUUUGCUGUUGUUUUUCUUUCCUAUUAUUUUUGUUGUUUAGUAGUUUUGUUAUUGUUAGCCCUGCUAAGCUAAAAAAAAAUUAAAGUAAAAGAAGACUAGCCCUGGACAUACUUACCCUGUAUGACGAACUCUGCGAUGCUGUGGCUGGCUUUGACGUCAGACAUCCGCCCUCCAUUCUGCUGGACACGCCUGCAUUUCCUUCUCCACUCCCCGAAAACGGUCUCCAAUGGUCCGGUGACGCCCAGGUACGCCUUCUUUCUGUCAAUCUUCUUGCGGUUGGCUGUGCGACCGCUUUCUUCGUACUCCUGGACGUAACCCGGUGACCCAUGUUGCCGGGCAAUGUCACGCAAGUACAGUGCGGUCGCCGUGCAAGCUCAUUCCAGACCCGUUCGUACCGCAGCGAUAAACCAAUGCGUGCGAACGGGUCGGAAUGACCCCCCAUAUGCCAACUAAUGCCCAAGGGAGGUAAGUCCUUUUUUUAAAUAGGCUUGUUUAUUUAAUUUUCUGAGAAUAGAUAGUUAUAGGCUAUUCUUAUUGUUUCCAUCAGAUGCUGCAGGAACCAGGAAGAGAUUGACAAACUGGUCUGGCUUUUUUAAAUAUUUUUUUGGCAAUGUCUAAUCUGGCCUUUCUAUUCUUGAGGCUUACAAAUGUUUUGCACCUUGUGGUAAACCCUUUGUAUUUGCUUUUGUGAAGUCGUCUCUUUAUGGUAGACUUGGUUAAUAAUAUCCCUACCUCCUGGAGAGUGUUUUUCACUUGGUUGGAUGUUGUGAAGUGUUUUUUGUACAAUGGAAAUGAUCCAGUGAUUAUCGACCACUGUUCUCUUCUUUUUGUGUUGCUGAGUUCACCAGUACAUUCUUUUUCUCAAAAUGUACCAAAGUGUUGAUUUUGCCACCCCUAAGGUUCUCGCUAUCUCUCUGGUGGAUUUUGUUUUACUUUUGCAGACUAAGGAUGGCAUCUUUCACUUGCAUGGAGAGCUCCUUGGACAAAUACAAAUGCCACACAUGGAAUUAUCUCCAGACUUUUUGCUUGCUUAAUUGAUGAAUAAAUAAAAAAGGAAUAGCCCAAACCUGUCCAUGAAACAGCUUUAAUUCCCUCAGAUGAUCUGCCAAAAGUCAUCCAUGCAUUUGUAUCAUCUCAAUUAUACUACUGUAAUGCCCUCUACCUUGGUCUCCCAGCAAAAGAAUUGCACCCCUUACUGCUGGUGCAAAACACAGCUGCCAGGCUGUUAACCGACCAGGCCCGUUUUAGCCACAUAACACCCAGAAUCUACUCCCUUCACUGGCUGCCUGUAAAAUGGCAAAUCAUCUUCAAGAUUGGCUUACUGAGUUUCAAAGCACUACAUGACCAGGGCCCAAGGUACCUGAGGCAGCUUCUGACCCCAUACUGCCCCACUCGAUUACUGCGAUCUGUAGAUGAAGGACUUGUAGCAGUACCUAGAAUCUCCCGUAAUUCAUCUGGGGGUCGAGCUUUUAGUCAUGCGGCUCUGACUCUAUGGAACUCACUUUCCCGCACAGUGUGAGAGGCCCCAACUAUAGAAUCCUUCAAAAGUAGACUCAAGACUUUCCUGUUUACUCUAGCAUUUCCAUAAUGUCCCUUUAGUAUCUACAUGCUUCUGUAUUUUAUGAAAAGCUUUUCUGUACUUCAUUAUUUUCUGUACUAUAUUAUGCUAUGUAUCCGUUAAGCGUCUUGAGUCCUGUUGGAGAAAGAGCUCUAUAUAAAUAAAAUUAUUAUUACUAUUA